AUGGUGAACCUGGCGGCCGUGGUGCUGCGCCGGCUCCUGCGGCUGAGGAGGGUGCUUGCCCCGGUCUUCGGGCUCUCACCCAUCUACUUCCUCACCAGCACCUUCAAGCAGGAGGAGAGAGCACAACUUUUCCUGGAGCACUUUCUCAACUGGGCAGCUGUGGCAUUCCAGAACCUCUUCAUGGCAGUCGAAGAUCACUUUGAAUUGUGUUUGGCUAAAUGCAGGACCUCAUCCCAGCGUGUGCAGCACAAGAACACCUAUGGGGAUCCUAUAGCAAAGUACUGA